AUGAAUGGUGAUCAUAAUAAAUAUGUAAAAGGAGAUAUUAGUAGAUAUAAGGAGAAAAAUAAAUUAAACAAAAAUAUAAAAUUGGAAAAGGAGAUAUUACAUAUUAAUGAGAGUGAUGUAGAAGGAUCGCAUAAAUAUGAAUCAUAUGAAAGUUGUGAUAUAAGUGUUAGUAGUCCUAGAAAUAUAAAUGAGGAGGGAAAUAAAAAGAAGGAUAGUAAAAAAAAUAAGAAAGGUACUAAAGUGAAUUAUUUAGUAAAUUAUAAUAGAUAUAAACCAACAAGAAUAUAUUUAUUUAAAAAGAGAUGUACUUAUCCAUAUGUAAAAAAAAAUAUUAAUCAAUAUAUUAAUUGUAAUUUUAGAUAUUAUGUAAAAGAAAAAGAUUAUUUAUUUCAGAAUAUUGAUGAACAUAUAAAAUGGGAUCAAAUAGAAAAGGUUGAUUAUAUUAUAUAUGAUAAUACUUAUUUAACAUGUCCUAUAUGUCUUGAAGAUAAUAUUAUAUCUCCAAGAAUAACUAAAUGUAGACAUAUAUUUUGUUUUUUUUGUAUUUUAAAAUAUUUUAUUGAUGAAGAAAAAAAGAUAUGGAAAAAAUGUCCAAUCUGUUUUGAAAUCAUUAAUGAAAAUGAUUUACGCAUUGUUAAAUUUCAUUAUGUUAAAAAUUACAAUAUUAAUGAAAAAAUUAAUUUAUGUUUAUUAUAUACACAAAAUAACAAAAUACAUUUAAAAUCAGAGAGAUUAUAUUUUAAUAAUAAUUUUAAUAUUACUAAUAAUUAUUUUAUAAAAGAUAAUAAAGUUAUCGAUUAUAAAUAUUUUGUAAAUAUAAAUUAUAUGAAUGAAAAUCUAACAACAGUCACCCAAUCCUAUUCAGAACAAAUACAUAAAUUAAACCUAAAUUGCGGUGUACAAUUUUCAAAAAUUUUUUAUAUAUACAAUCCUUUAUCUAUAUGGAUAAAAGAUUUAUGUAUUUUUAAUUUUAUUCUUACAAACAAUAAUUUUAAAUUUCUUGCUUCAGAUCAUAAUGUUAUACAAAAAGCUAUAACAAAUAUUAAAUUAAAAAUUAGUGACUAUCUAAAUAUACCUAUAGACAAGUUAAAUCCAAAACUUAAAAUGGAUCAAAAGAAUUUUGAUGCAUUUUAUUUGUACGACAAUCUAGCCCACGACGUCUACGACAGCAUUGAACAAAUAAAAAAUGAAAUGAAAUUAGAAAUGGAAUUGACAAAAAACCAGAGGGAUUCAAAUUUUAAAGUACCCAUUUCAAAUACGAGCAAAAAGAAAAACCAAGACGUGACCGAUUCGAAGGAUUUAAAUCAAAUAUAUUUUUAUCAGUGCAUUGACGGCCAGUGCAUAUUCCUAGAUCCAUUUAUUUUGAAUUUACUGUUUUAUGAAUACGAUCAGGAUAUGAACAGGCUCCCCAAGUUUUUAUGCAAUAAAGAAAUAACCCAUAUUGAAUCAUUCGAACUAGAUGAGAAAAUAAGAAAAAGAUAUGCAAUAUUAUCGCACUUGCCUCUUGGUGUUAAUGUCUUAUUUGUUUCCAUCAAUAUAGAUGAUUUGUUGUCCAAUAGAACAAAGGAACAUUUUUCAAAAGAAAUAGCUGUACAAAAAAAUAAACAUCACAAUAUUAUGAAAAGAAAAAUGAAGGAAGAAAAGUACUUGAAACUUUUAGCAGAUGAAGAAAUUAACAGAAAAGAAAAAAAUUAUUGGAAUUUAACUAGCAACAAAAUUGUAAUGACCAAUACAGAAAAUUAUUUAAGCUCCAGCAUAACAAGAUAUUCAAAAGAAGAAGAAGAAAAAUAUUUGCAUGGAGAAUUAUACGAACAACACUCUUAUGAACACAGCAAUGAAAAUUCAAAUGUUUAUUUACCCGGACAGUCAUAUAAAUAUGUAACUCAACACUCAUACGAAUAUUUACCUGAACAAAUGUAUAAAGAAAAUAAUUCCCUUACCGAUGAAAAUUUAUUAUUAAAGAGAAUGAUAGAUCUCGACCAUUUAAAAAUUAAAAAAGAAUCAAAUGAACAUUCAAAGUACAUGGAGAAUAAAAAUAGUGUGAAUGAGUCUUCAAAAAAAAAAAAAAAAAAAAAACAUGCAGGAAACAAAAGUAAUAGCAUAUCUCCUCGUAGCAAUGUAGAUAUAAAUAAUUCAAAUGAAAAAAAUGAAGAAUUACCAAAAAGAAGUUUUCUUGAAAUAGCUAAAAAGAAAUGUGAAGUUAAUGACAAUAAAAUACAGAUGGAGAAAAAAAAUGACGAAAAUUUAAGCAUAGGAUCUGGGCCAGUCAGUAUUAAUUUGUUAGAUUUGAUAAAUAAUAAAAAAUCCAAAAAGAAAAAAAAAAACGAAGUAACGCAGUUAAAAUGA